AUGCGUCUUAUCGUUCGAGAAACACAAGACCAAGCAGCACAAUACAUUGCUGAUUAUAUAAUUAGUAAGACCUCUCUUGAAUAUUUGCAAAGCUACAAUAUCAUCUUGAAGCUUACCGCCACAGAACGGAUCAAUGGCUUCAGUCCCACAGCAGAAAGACCUUUCGUCCUCGGCCUGCCCACCGGUAGUAGUCCAUUACCUAUAUACAAAGCUUUGAUCCAAGCAUACAAUCAAGGUAAAAUAUCGUUCCGUCAUGUGGUGACGUUCAACAUGGACGAGUACGUGGGUUUGCCGCGCGAACAUCCGGAAUCGUAUCACUCCUUCAUGUUUUCGAACUUUUUCAGCCAUGUCGAUAUCGACUCGAAGAAUGUCAAUAUAUUGAAUGGGAACGCUCCCAACCUGCGCGAAGAGUGUCUUUCAUACGAGGCGAAGAUUAAGGCGCUUGGUGGAAUUGAGUUGUUCCUCGGCGGAGUUGGUAGUGAUGGACAUAUUGCAUUCAAUGAACCUGGUUCGAGUCUGGCUAGUCGCACCCGAAUAAAAUCUCUGGCUUAUGAGACCAUUGUGGCCAAUGCACGAUUUUUCAACAAUGACUUGAGUUUGGUGCCGCGCAUGGCUCUCACAGUCGGAGUACAGACAAUCAUGGAUGCGAAGGAGGUAGUCAUCAUUGCGUCCGGAACCUCAAAGGCACUCGCUAUUCAACAAGCGAUUGAAGGUGGCGUGGGUCAUCUGUGUACCCUUUCAUGUCUGCAGCUUCAUCCCUGCAGCAUGGUGGUCGUGGACGAGGACGCCACUAUGGAGUUGAAAGUCAAGACGGUAAAAGUAUGUAUUUCACAAGUGUUGAGCGAACGAUCCUCCAGCAAGGCCUAG